CUCUCGCGCCUGUGACCGAUAGAGCGGUCGCGGGGGCUGCGGGUGUUUUCCUCCCUUUUCUCGGUCAUUUUAUUGUCGGCCGCCUCGCCAGAAAGCAGCGGGUGCCAAAUCCCGGUCCCCUGAAAACCAGAGGAGGACGGGACCCUUUCCGUUCGCGAAUAUCUGACCCUUUGAUCAACGAAGAAAGUGAUAAUGUCCCAAGCACGCAAGCCGCCUCUUGUGACGGGUAUUUCUCCCAAUGAAGGCAUUUCAUGGACAAGGGUCACCAUUCGAGGCGAGAACUUGGGAACAAGCCCAUCAGAUCUCAUAGGCUUGACCAUUUGCGGACACAGCUGCCUUCUAACUGCUGAAUGGAUGUCUGCCAGCAAAAUUGUGUGUCACGUAGGUCAGGCUAAAAACGACAAAGGAGAUAUUAUUGUCACGACAAAGUCAGGAGGGAAAGGGACUUCAACUGUUUCUUUCAAACUCCUGAAACCUGAAAAAAUAGGUAUCUUGGAUCAGUCUGCUGUCUGGGUCGAUGAAAUAAACUAUAAUGACACACGCACUGACAGAAACAAAGUGAUGCCCCCGGUAUCUCUUCGUCCUACUAAUCCUCUUGGUAUUGAGAAAGACAAAGGAAAGUUUCCACAGAAGGAGCUGGAAGCUCUGUUUCCUGGGAUGAGUGCUGAUUUCACAAGUGAAAACUUUUCUGCUGCUUGGUAUUUGAUAGAGAACCAUUCAACAACAAGUUUUGAUCAGCUUAAAAUGGCUGUAAUGAAUUUAAAGAAACAAGCAAGUAAGAAGAAUGAGGGAAGUCUGCAAUAUGUCAAAGGAGGCCUUAGCACCUUUUUUGAGGCACAAGAUGCUUUGUCAGCAAUCCAUCAAAAACUGGAAGCAGAUGGAACAGAAAAAGUGGAAGGAUCCAUGACACAAAAACUAGAGAAUGUUCUGAACAGAGCCAGUAAUACUGCAGAUACCUUGUUUCAGGAAGUUUUGGGUCGCAAAGACAAGGCAGAUUCAACACGAAAUGCUCUCAAUGUUCUCCAGCGCUUCAAGUUUCUUUUCAAUCUUCCUUUGAAUAUUGAAAGAAACAUUCAAAAGGGAGAUUAUGAUGUUGUGAUUAAUGACUAUGAAAAAGCAAAGUCGUUAUUUGGGAAGACUGAAGUUCAAGUCUUCAAAAAAUAUUACGCUGAAGUAGAAACACGUGUUGAAGCAUUAAGAGAACUGCUUCUGAAUAAACUACUUGAGACUCCAUCAACUUUGCAUGACCAAAAACGUUAUAUAAGAUACCUUUCUGACCUCCAUGCAGAAGGGGAUCCAGCUUGGCAGUGCAUUGGUGCCCAGCAUAAAUGGAUCCUGCAGCUUAUGCACAACUGCAAAGAAAGCUAUGUUAAGGAACAAAAAGCAGGUAAUCUGUUAGCGCAGAGUCCCAUGUUGGAUCUGGACAAUGAAGUGCGUCCAUCUUCUCUUGGCCAUCUCAGUCGAAGUGCUUCACUGAAAAGAGGCAGCAGCAAUCAAUCCAGUCGUGAUGAAAGUUGGCGAUUUAAAGCUCCUCAGCAAGUGGCAUUUGUUGAAAAGUUAACAAAGCUUGUUGUAAGCCAGCUCCCAAACUUCUGGAAACUCUGGAUUUCUUAUGUGAAUGGGAGCCUCUUUAGUGAGACUGCUGAAAAAUCAGGUCAAAUGGAAAGGUCGAAGAAGAAUGCAAGGCAAAGGCAAAAUGAUUUCAAGACAAUGAUUCAGCAAGUGAUGACAUCCCUGGUCAAACUGAUCCGUGGUGCUUUACUUCCAUUCAGUCUUGGAGAAAAUGAGCUGAAAGAAUAUGGUGGAUGGGAGAUGAAAUCUGAACUUUCUAGUCAGUGGUUACCGCACGUCAUACAGACAGUUAGGCUUAGUUAUGAAUCUCUUACUGCACUUGAGAUACCAAAUGAUAUGCUUCAGAUCAUCCAAGAUCUUAUUUUUGAUCUCAGAGUCCGUUGUAUAAUGAUUACUUUACAGCAUACAGCUGAAGAUGUGAAAAGGUUAGCUGAAAAGGAAGACUGGAUUGUGGAUAAUGAAGGCUUAACCUCUUUGCCAUCUCAGUUUGAACAACGGGUUAUGCGUUCUGUGCAGUCACUUAAGAGUGUCUUAGAUUGUAAACCUGGGGAGACCAGUGUUUUUCAGCAACCAAAAAUACAAGAAGAUGUGUGCCAGCUGAGCAUUAACAUCAUGCAGGUAUUCAUUAAUUGCCUGGAACAAUUGAGUACAAAGCCUGACAGUGAUGUAGAUACUACACAUCUUUCAGUUGAUGUUUCAUCGUCAGACUUAUUUGGAAGCAUUUAUAAAGAUUCCAGUUUGUCUUUGGAACGGAGGCUUUUAAUUGUGCUUAGUAACUGCUGCUAUCUGGAACGUCACACCUUCCUAAACCUUGCUGAACACUUUGAAAAACAUGGUUUCCAAGGAGUUGAAAAAAUCACUCAAGUUAGCAUGGACUCAUUAAAAGAACUUGAUCAACGAUUGUUUGAAAUGUACAUUGAACUAAAGGCUGACCCUGUAGUAGGCUCAUUGGAGCCUGGCAUUUAUGCAGGUUAUUUUGACUGGAAAGACUGUCUUACUCCAACAGGUGUCAGAAACUAUUUGAAAGAAGCCUUAGUACAUAUAAUCGCUGUACAUGCUGAGGUAUUCACCAUUUCAAAAGAGCUCGUGCAGCGAGUGCUUUCAAGGAUUGUUGAAGCUGUUGCUGAAGAACUCAGCAGACUAAUGCAGUGUGAUUUAUCCUUCAGUAGAAAUGGUGCUUUGCAGGCCCGGCUUGAAAUUUGUGCACUGAGAGAUGCUGUAGCUGUAUACCUCACAUCUGAAAGCAACUCAAGCUUUAAGCAGGCUCUUGAAGCUUUGCCUCAGCUGUCAAGUGGUGGAGAUAAAAAGCUGCUGGAAGAGCUGCUAAACACAUUCAGGAGUAGCAUGCAGUUACAGCUCACCUGCUUUCAGGCUGCUGCUUCCACAAUGGUGAAGACCUAAGGCAACUUGAAACACAGUCAUUUCUUGAAAAGGAAAUCAUAAAUCCCAUCCCUUGAUACUGUAUUUGCUCUUGACAUGCCAUUGUAUUUUAUUUGCUCUUCAGAGUGCUGACAGCUGUAUUUGUUUAUUUGUAUGAAUUGCAUCUCUUGAAUCAAGACUCCAAACUAAAACAUGUUGUUUACUUAGCUUGUCACUCAACAAGUCUUUGUUAAAAGACUUGUUCCCAGAAGGAAUGAGAAACAAGAGUUUUUUUGUUGGGAGUAUGUGAUGAAAAUAUGCUACAUGCCAACUUCAGAUGCCAGUUUAGCACAGUCUCUCUGUAACUGUUUUGGCAGGGCUGACUGUAUGCAUCAUCCUACCAAACAUUUAGGGCAGUUCUAGCACUUUCCCAUUUCUCCAGAUUUCAAGCCACAGCAAAUGCCUCUUAGCAUACAGAUCACUGACUUACUGAGUGGCAACAUACACACGAUGGCCAUUCCCUUUACUCACCAGUAAGAAGCCUGCAUCUCAUCUGGAUACACCCAUGACUUCAAUGUGAUGGUCUGCCUGUACCAGAGACUGCUUGGAUUGGAGCGGAACUCCAUCAAUUAAGUUACGACAUGGAUGCCUUGCAGGGGCAUGGUGAACAAAGCUCUCAGGAUUUUAUUGUCUAAUAAAUAUAGGUGUGUACUUAUGCCUUAAUGUGUGAAAAAUUAAAUUGGGCUGGGUGGCCCUCUCACUCUCCUAGCAAAAAGAGACAAGGACAAAACUUGAGACACUGAACUGGAGGAUGAUCAUCUUGAGCUGGUAGAACCUUGUGUUAUCGCCUAGCCUAGAAUCACCAUCUUGAAUCCUGGAGCAGGGCCUGCCUGUACUGACACUCGGCUCCUCUCCACACGUUCGCUGCAGGCCCAGUGCCACCUGGCCCUACCAGUGCAGUGUGGUGGACCAGGGAGCCAACAACUGCCUCAACUUAGGUAACUCCGCUCAGGAGGGGGAAAGUAAGAGUUGCCUCCCAUGCUUGUGUGUGGUGAUGUGAGAGGCUGGGGCGGCAGCACAGCUCUCGACCCUUUCCAGCGCUGUCAGCACCACUCAGUCAGCCUGCUUGCCCUUGAGACUGACACCUGCCUCAGCACCACCUCAAGCCCAUCAGCUUCUGGCAGUGGAGUGGGGUGCUGAGGGCAGCCAUUCCAGAGCACUCCAGCUGCAACAAAACUGGGCCUGGUUACUUUUCCCACACUAGACUUUUACAUACAGGUCUGUUUGGACUCACUUCGGUGGUGGAGGGGCUACUUGAAGUGCCUAACUUAGUUGCUUAUCGCUUUCAGAAUUGAACACACAUACAUUUACGUGCUGGUAUGAAAACCAAAUAGUGACCUAUUUCUAAGCAGUAGGGUUUACUUCAUGCUAAAGUUUAUUAGCCAGCUGCCUUUCUUGGUGUCCUUUCAAUAUAGUAAAUGUAUGAAAAGCAUCUGAAAACUUGGUGUGAUAGCCUGCUGCUUCUUAAGGGUACAGGGAACCCAGGUGCAAGUCAGUAGGAGAGGCAAAUGAGAUCCAGCAGUGACUUUCGAAGUAUAGUUGUAGUUUCUGAUAUUACAGUAUCUGUACCAUGGUUCAGAGAUGAGCUAUAUUAUGAAUUUGCUGAGCUUUUUCAUGACUAACUAAGUAUUCUCCCAUAAUUGGGGCAAACAUGUAUAAUUAUUAGAUUGUAGCUAAACUUAUUCUAAAAUCAGUUUGUCAGUGUGUUAUUUAUAUUAAUAUUAAUGCCUAUGGAUAAACAUAACAUUAUGUGUGAGUCUGGGUUAACAUGAAUGUGUUAAUCCAUUGUGGUAUCAGAUGCUUUCUCCAUUAACUAGCCCAAGUUGAAAUACAUGAGACUGCAAUUCUA